AUGUGGACCAAUGGCGCGCGAGUUCAUGUCAAGUCCAGCUUCAUGCUGACAGGGAUGGAGAAAGCCAGAAUCGCAUCUAUGGUACGACGAGCUAUCAGCAUGCUAUCCGUGUGCUACCCAUGUGCUACCCAUGUGCUACUCAUGUGCUACCCAUCUGCUGCCCUUGUGCUGCCCAUGUGCUACCCAUGUGCUGCCCAUGUGCUGCCCAUGUGCUACCCAUGUGCUACUCAUGUGCUACCCAUGUGCUGCCCUUGUGCUGCCCAUGUGCUGCCCAUGUGCUGCCCAUGUGCUACCGUCUGCUACCUUGCAUUCACCUCCCUAACGGCGUUCCUUGCAUGGCAGGUUCGGCAUCAAGUUGAGUCACGCCAGUCAGGCGACGGUGCAGGAUCCAAGGAGGUUGAUGGGCGUGAAAGGUCGAGGGUAGUGGGUGGAGAGGAGGAGGGGAAGGGGGAAGAAGCUCGGAAGGAACAGGGAGGGGAAGUGGAUGGAAAGAGGGGCGGAGAGGAGAGGGGAGAUAAGGGGGUAGAGGAGGGGGCAAUGGAGAGGGGAGGUGAGGUGGGGAAGGAGGGGGGAAAAGGGGAGGAAGGGGACCUGCAGUUGACGCAAGCCUCUCCCUCUUCCUCUCUUUCCGCCUCUGCCUCUGCCUCUGCUACACCACCCACCGUUGUCACUCCCUCCCUGUCCCCACCAAACGUCUCUCUUCCUGCCUCUGCUUCUAGAGCCACGCCAUCGCCAUCAACGCGAGCAGCAGCCGUGGCAGCAGCAGGUCUAGCAGCAGCAUCGUCCACUCUAGCGCGGGUGGCGCAGGAGGACGGGUUUGUGGUGGAUAACGAGGCGCCUUGUAAGCGGCUAAUGUACACGUGGCAGCAACAGGGCGAUUCAGCGGCCAGCUCAGCUGUCAGUGGCGGUGGUUGUGGAGGCGAUGUCACCACCACCAACAGCAAUUGUGAUGGCAGGGGCACAAGUUGCAACGGCGACAGUGGUAUUGACAGUGGCAGUGGCAGUGGCAGUGGCAGUGCUAGUGCUAGUGCUAGUGCUGCCUCUGAGAGCAACCUUCAGAGAGACUCUCUGCGUCCUUUCCCUGGUCGGUACAGUGAUGUCAGUGGGUGGCGGAGAGGCAUGGGCAGGGGCGCGCUGGGGAGGGAGCAGGGGGAGCUUGCGGGGAGGGGGAAGGUUGGUGUGGGUAGGGCGGGGAUGAUGGGGCGGAGGGAGGGUGUGGGGCGGGGAGAGGGUGUGGGGCGGGGAGAGGGUGUGGGGAGGGGGGAGGGUGUGGGGCGGGGAGAGGGUGUGGGGAAGGGGGAGCACCUGGGGUUGCUGCUACAGCGGUGGGCAGAGGAUGACCGGUUUUGGGAGGAGGUGCGCCGACAGCGGAGGGAGGGGCAGGGAGCGUGGGGGGUCCAGCAGGGGGGACAGGGGGGCCAGCGGGUGUUGAGGAGAGGCCAGGGCGCUGGUGGCAGUGCCGGCAGUUUGAGAGCACUCGUAGGAGGCCCAGCAAGGUCGGAAGGGAGUCUGGUGGGCAGGUCGGAAGGGGGAGGAGGUGAGGAAGGAGGGGGGCUGAGAAGUGGAGGAGUGGCAAUGCCAGUGGCAGCAGCAGGGACAGCAAGUGCUGAGACAUCUGCAGUGGAUCCGGCUUUGGCAGGGGCUGAAGCAGGAGCAGGGGAGAGCAUUGGGAGUGCUAGGAGAAGAGGGGGGAGAGGAGGGAAUGAAGAGAAGGAAGGAAGGAAGGGGGAGGGAGGGAAGGCGGAGAGGGAGGGGGAGGGGGUGGAGAGGAGGCAGCAGGUGGGGCAGCGGAAGGGGGUGAGGAGUGUGAGGAGGCGGGCAGUGGCGGAGAAGGUGGGGGUGGUGGGGCAGGUGCAGCGCUGGAUGGAUGGGCUGGGACCUAUUGCUAAGCAUGUGCAGUGGUGGAUGGAUGGGCUGGGACCUAUUGCUAAGCGUGUGCAGCGGUGGAUGGAUGGGCUGGGACCUAUUGCUAAGCAUCGCGGUGGGGCAGGUGCAGGCAUGGAUGCAGUGCAGGCAUGGAUGCAGUGCAGGCAUGGAUGCAGUGCAGGCAUGGAUGCAGUGCAGGCAUGGAUGCAGUGCAGGCAUGGAUGCAGUGCAGGCAUGGAUGCAGUGCAGGCAUGGAUGCAGUGCAGGCAUGGAUGCAGUGCAGGCAUGGAUGCAGUGCAGCCAUGGAUGCAGUGCAGGCAUGGAUGCAGUGCAGGCAUGGAUGCAGUGCAGGCAUGGAUGCAGUGCAGGCAUGGAUGCAGUGCAGGCAUGGAUGCAGUGCAGGCAUGGAUGCAGUGCAGCCAUGGAUGCAGUGCAGGCAUGGAUGCAGUGCAGGCAUGGAUGCAGUGCAGGCAUGGAUGCAGUGCAGGCAUGGAUGCAAUGCAGGCAUGGAUGCAGUGCAGGCAUGGAUGCAGUGCAGGCAUGGAUGCAGUGCAGGCAUGGAUGCAGUGCAGGCAUGGAUGCAGUGCAGGCAUGGAUGCAGUGCAGGCAUGGAUGCAGUGCAGGCAUGGAUGCAGUGCAGGCAUGGAUGCAGUGCAGGCAUGGAUGCAGUGCAGGCAUGGAUGCAAUGCAGGCAUGGAUGCAGUGCAGGCAUGGAUGCAGUGCAGGCAUGGAUGCAAUGCAGGCAUGGAUGCAGUGCAGGCAUGGAUGCAGUGCAGGCAUGGAUGCAGUGCAGGCAUGGAUGCAGUGCAGGCAUGGAUGCAGUGCAGGCAUGGAUGCAAUGCAGGCAUGGAUGCAGUGCAGGCAUGGAUGCAGUGCAGGCAUGGAUGCAGUGCAGGCAUGGAUGCAGUGCAGGCAUGGAUGCAGUGCUCGCCAUCGGAGGGGUGGUGGUGCUGGCAGCAGCAGUGGUGCUCGUGCCUUGCCCUGCCUCGUGCUCUCCCCCUCUCCCUCAAUGCCAACCCACUCAUCCCCCCCACACCUCAGGUGCUCGCCAUCGGAGGCGUGGCGGUGCUGGCAGCAGCAGUGCUCAUACCACGCCGUCCCAGGCAGCACGUUGAGGCACUGACGCCACUGCAGGUGGCGCAGCGAAUGAGGGUCUGGAUCGUGCGACCAGGAGACACCCUCUGCUCCCUCGUCCCCCGAGCCACCUUGUGCGAUCCCAACUCCGAGUUCUUCAAGCGCAACCCUGAGGUGUGCGACGUGAACAAGAUCUACUCGGGCCAAUGCCUGCUGCUGCCUUAG